AAGGUAGAGAGACAUGGAGAAUGGGAAUGAUUAUUCCAAUCAGAAAUGGAAUUUCCGAGGGAACGAAGAACUGAACACGGCCUCAAUCUCCGUCCGUGGUGUUCUCAACACCUUAGCAAAGAAUCUCAACUGCGACGAUCCACGACCCACCAUUAUGCUGGGCCGCGGCGACCCGACUGAGUUUGCUGCAUUCCGGACGGCUCCUCCCGCCGCCGAUGCCGUCUCGGAUGCUCUCCAGUCCUUCAAGUUCAACUCUUAUUGUCCGACCGGCGGUGUUUUAGAAGCAAGAAGAGCUAUUGCAGAGUAUCUCUCCCGUGACCUCUCAGGCCAGUUAUUGCCUGAGGAUGUAUAUCUCACUGUGGGUUGCACACAAGCAAUCGAGAUCAUAGUGUCUGUUCUUGCACGUCCUGGUGCCAAUAUUCUGCUUCCCAAGCCUGGUUACCCACAGUAUGAGGCUCGAGCUUCUUUCGACCAUCUUGAAGUUCGCCAUUUUGAUCUUAUUCCUGAAGAAGGUUGGGAGGUGGAUCUUGAUUCUGUUGAAGCUCUUGCGGAUAACAACACUGCUGCUAUUGUUGUUAUUAACCCUAGCAAUCCAUGCGGAAAUGUCUUCACAUACCAGCAUUUGGAAAAGAUUGCAGAAACAGCAAAGAAACUUGGGAUCUUUGUAAUAUCGGAUGAAGUUUAUGGCGGUCUGGCUUUUGGCAGUAACCCUUUUGUGCCCAUGGGGAAGUUCAGUUCAAUUGUACCAGUUCUUACGCUUGGUUCUAUAUCAAAGACAUGGAUUGUUCCUGGCUGGAGACUUGGUUGGAUUGUGAAAAGUGAUCCCAAUGGCAUCCUUGAAAAAACUGGGAUCGUUGACAGCAUUAAGAACUAUCUUGACAUCACUUGUGAUCCAGCAACCUUUGUUCAGGGAGCAAUACCUCAAAUCAUUAAGCGCACAAAAGAGAGUUUUUUCUCUAACAUAAUUGGCAUAAUGAGAGAAGCUGUGGAUAUGUUAUAUGACAUGAUUAAUGAAAUCUCAUGCCUUACUUGCCCAAAUAAACCUGAAGGAUCCAUGGUCGUAUUGGUAAAACUUGAUUUAUCAGCACUUGAAGGCAUUGAUGAUGAUGUACAGUUUUGUCUUGAGCUGUCCAAAGAGGAGUCUGUGAUUGUUCUGCCAGGUGUCACUGUUGGACUGAAAAACUGGCUCCGCAUUACUUUUGCUGUUGAACUUGAAGUACUUAAAGAAGGCCUUCAAAGGAUCAAAGCCUUCUCACAAAGACAUGCCAAGAAGCAAUUAGAGUAUCAACAACGGUAUCCUCAAAGGCUUCCAAGCCCAAGCCAGAGACUAAUCCGCGCCGAGGGAUCAUGUCAGAACGCUUCCUCCCCUGACCACCAAGAAUAAAUUGGGACAUGAGUUUCUUGUACAAUAUUAUAAAGUUGAUAUAUAUGCUAGCUGCUAGCUGACUACCUAGCUUCUUACCAAACAGCUGAGGAAAUUGUAGACCUAAUAUGCAUAGGCGUAUUGUCGAAUUGGCUGGGAAAGUACAUAUAUAACAGAACAAACUCAUGAAAUCAUUUAGAAAUUGCAGAAAACUUUCACUUAUCUAACAAAUACUCUCUUUCGAGUGUCAUAAGAAUCCAGGGAGUUACAAGUCCUGCAUGCAACAUGAGACACAACGCGAAGUUGCUGAUCUCCUUUAAAUCACCCUUGCGAUACAGAGGGUUCUUAUUCAUUUUGACUUUUUGAGUAACUGACUGACUAGUCAA